AGUCCACACACUCGGCCGAUUCCAAUGUUCUGGACAGGUGACCAUCUCCGGAAUGCCAAAAUCCUGCGAGGAUCUCUGGCGUAUUGGACACUCCCUCAAUGGCGUCUACUCUGUCUUGGGAUCUGCAAUGAUGGAAAGUGUUUACUGCGACUUUACAAAACUCCCCGAGGAUCCAGGAUUCCAGAAGUGGAUCGGGUACGCCGACGUCAAGUCAGUGCCCACCUACUUUUACGUGCAGAGAAGUCAACGUUUCUCCAAAGUCAACGUUUCCAUCCCCUUUAAUACGGCACUUGUCAACAUCGGGAACGCUAUUAAUUUGACGACGGGAAUUUUCACUGCUCCUAGGGCGGGAAGUUAUUUCUUCGCGUUCUCAGGAUUGGCCGAAUUUCCAAAAUUCUCCGGUCUACUCUACAUAGGGGUGGAUCUUUAUUUGAAUGGACAUCUGACUGGGCGGACAUUUAUUGAAGACGUCAACACUGUGGCCGGGCAAUACAGUCCGUUGAGUUUUCAAACGACACUGAAGUUGAAACAGGGCGACGAAAUCUGGUUGCAAAUUGACACCGUAUCGCCACUGAUUGAAGAACAAAUCCCUCGUCAGCUUCCUUCGGUUGUAAAAUCGGUUCUCCUGUUUGACGAUUUCCGCCACUUUACUCACUUCACUGGUUGGAUGUUGGAUGAGGAUGUUUCAUUGUCACUUUGAUUGUCUUGUAAAAUGAAUCGUGUUGCUAUUUAUGAAACUAUUUCAAUAAAAAUUUAUUUAUGCCAAUUGA